AUGUUCCUGAGUCGAAUUUCACCGAGAAUUUAUGGAGCGUCGAAUAUCGCGAUGCGAAAUGCUCGAUGCCUACAGAACUCGCAAGUCGGGAGACGACGAUGGGCAUCCACUCACCCUGUAUCUAACGAUGAUCUCAACAAGUUGAUUGCGAAAGAAAUCCUUCCACAGACAGACAACUGGAAAGGAACCGAGAAAUUUUUGCGCUCUGUCGUGGACAUCCUCAUAAAAUAUAUUCGUGAAGAAAAUGUACAUGAAAGCAAAGUCAUCGACUUUCAUCAUCCGGCCGAAAUGUUCAAACUUAUCGACCUUAAGAUCCCGGACAAACCACAAAAUUUGCAAACUAUUCUUAAGGCUUGCGAAGAGACGUUGCGUUAUGGAGUGCGUACAGGACAUCCGAGAUUUUUCAAUCAGAUCUCAUGUGGCUUGGAUUUGGUAUCGUUGGCCGGAGAAUGGUUAACAGCGACGGUUAACACAAAUAUGUUUACCUACGAAAUCUCUCCAGUGUUUAUUCUGAUGGAGAACGCAGUGAUGAGACGAAUGUGGGAAACUAUUGGUUGGGAUCCUAACACAUCCGACGGGGUUUUUGCACCUGGCGGAGCCAUAUCAAACCUCUAUGCAUUCAUACUCGCCAGACACAAUCUCUUCCCUAACGGCAAACAAGAGGGCCUCAAAGAGUUGCCUAAACUUUGUGCCUUUACUAGUGAAGAUAGCCAUUACUCAAUCAAACGUGCCUCUGCAAUUUGUGGAAUUGGAACCAACUACUGCUAUCCUAUUCGCACUGACAGCGCUGGAAAGAUGAUACCGGAAGAGUUGGAGAAGAAAAUAAUGGAGGCCAAAAAAGAAGGACUCACCCCAAUGUUCGUCUGUUGCACAGCUGGAACUACAGUCUACGGAGCGUUUGAUCCGAUCGAGAAAGUAGCAGACAUCUGUGAACGCCAUAACGUUUGGCUCCACGUUGACGCAGCUUGGGGAGGUGGCCUAAUGCUGUCACCCGAACAUCGCCACAAAUUGGCUGGUGUCCAUCGAGCUAACAGUGUCACAUGGAAUCCUCAUAAAUUGAUGGGUGCCUUACUGCAAUGUUCGGCUUGCCUGGUCAGAAAAGAUGGUCUUCUCAUGCAAUGUAAUAAAAUGACAGCUGACUAUCUGUUUAUGCAAGAUAAAUUUUAUGAUGUCACCUACGACACCGGUGACAAGGUGAUUCAAUGUGGGAGACAUAACGACGUGUUUAAGUUGUGGUUAAUGUGGAAGAGUAAGGGAAUGGAAGGCUACAGGGAUCAAGUGAACUAUCUUAUGGAUCUUGCCGCUUAUUUCACAAAGAGAAUCAAGGAAACGGAAGGAUAUGAGCUAGUACUUGAUUCGCCUGAGUUCCUGAACAUCUGUUUCUGGUAUGUGCCAAAGAAGUUACGAAACUUGAGUCCAGAAGAGAGAAAAGAGAAAUUGGGGAAGGUUGCACCGGCGAUCAAGGGAAAGAUGAUGGAGCGCGGUUCAACGAUGGUAGCAUAUCAACCUCGUCAUGGAACACCAAACUUCUUCCGGUUGAUCAUUUCCAAUCAAGCGAUCAAGCGAGAGGAUCUUGAUUUCCUCAUCAAAGAAAUUGUAGAUAUUGGAGAGUCUCUGUAA